CACACCAUUCUCCUCUUUAAAAUCACUCUCUCAUUUGCUCUCUCAUUUCCAUCUCAAAGCUCAAACACCAUUCUUCACUCAAAUCUAUCUAAUUGGGAGGCUUAGGCCAAAGUAGGACUGCAACGAGACUCAGAAAAACUAAUUCUAUUAGUUCAGUAUUCGAGAAUGAAUGGAAAAAAGGGUAGUUUUGAGAUCAACAUUCGAUCGAUUACCAAAGGCAAAAUGGUGGAAACUGGGAAGAAAUCUGGUGCCGAUGACUUGGGUUUCGCCAGCUGCAAAGGGUGGAUUUGGACUGUUUGGGAAUUUUGCAAAGAAGAUAGCAAUAGAGUAGUGUUUUCAUUGAAAGUUGGGCUUGCUGUUCUUCUUGUGUCUUUGCUCAUACUGUUUGAAGCACCUUAUCAAGUGUUCGGCACCAAUAUCAUCUGGUCAAUCCUCACUGUUGCCAUUAUGUUUGAAUACACUGUUGGUGCCACAUUUAACCGAGGAUUCAACCGCGCACUUGGAAGCUUGUUAGCAGGAAUCUUAGCCAUUGGUGUUGCUCAGUUAGCGUUAAACACUGGCCGAGUUGCAGAACCGAUUAUAAUUGGAAUCAGUAUCUUUCUGAUCGGGACUGUUACAUCAUUCAUGAAGUUAUGGCCUUCGCUCGUGCCAUAUGAGUAUGGAUUCCGGGUCGUACUUUUUACCUACUGUUUGAUCAUAGUUUCUGGGUAUCGGAUGGGGAGCCCUAUUAGAACUUCAUUGAAUCGGCUCUACUCAAUCGCCAUCGGAGGGAUUGUUGCAGUUUUAGUGAAUGUACUCAUUUUUCCUAUAUGGGCCGGUGAGCAAUUACACAAGGAGCUAGUUGGCAGUUUUAAUGCAGUGGCUGACUCACUUGAAGAAUGUGUGAGGAAGUAUUUAGAAGACGAUGGAUCUGAUCAUCCGGAGUUCUCCAAGACUGUCAUGGAUGAGUUUCCAGACGAGCCUGCUUACAGGAAAUGUCGAUCCACAUUGAAUUCCUCUGCAAAACUAGAAUCCUUGGCUCUUUCAGCUAAAUGGGAGCCCCCACAUGGUAGAUUCAGACACUUCUUCUAUCCAUGGCCAGAAUAUGUCAAAGUUGGCGCAGUUCUUCGGUACUGUGCAUACGAAGUUAUGGCACUUCAUGGUGUUCUUCACUCUGAAAUUCAGGCCCCUUACAAUCUAAGAAUCACAUUUGAAGCAGAAAUCCGAGACGCUACAAGCCAGGCUGCAGAGCUAGUCAGAAGUCUAGGCAGAGAUGUAAGUAACAUGAAACGAACCCUGAAAACCUCUCUUCUCAAAAGGGUUCACAGCUCAACAGAGCGACUCCAACAUGCCAUAGACUUGCAUUCCUAUCUCCUAACAACCAAUUUCGAAUCACCCAAUACCGCAUCAAAGCCAAUUCCUAAGUUACCUCAUGCCCUCUCAUCCACACUUGACGACCUCUCCAACCAACUAGACGAUCUUGACAACACCGCCAUUGAUCAGAACACAAAUCAAACAACCCAAAACAAUACUGCUUCAACAGAGUCUUAUCAUGAGAUGAUGAGAAAGCAAUCAAGGAGGCUACAUUCGUGGCCGUCUAGAGAAGUGGAUGCUUUUGAAGAAGAAGGGGGUUUUAGUGCAGACAUUAUACCGAGGAUGAAUGCACUUGAGAGCACUGCAGCAUUGUCGCUCGCUACUUUUACUUCAUUGCUUAUUGAGUUUGUUGCUCGGCUCGAUCACUUGGUUGAAGCAGUUGAUGAGCUUUCUAAGAUGGCCAAGUUCAAGUAUGAGGUUCAAUAAGAGGAAAAACUAUCCAUUUACUACUGAAUUUGAUAUAUGAUAGCUAUAGUAUGAUGUAACAGAGAAUGAGAAUAAGGAAAAAGCAAAAACAAAAAAAAAAAGAAAAGAACAGAAAAAAAAGAGCAGUAGCUUCGAAAAUUGCUGUCAUCAGUUAUAGAAAUAAAAGAAUUAAUUCUUGGAAUGGAAAGUACUACUUUGUUCUGAGAAUGACGCGUUUGGUAGGUAUCAGAUGCUGCACAUGGUAUAGCUACUUUCAAUUUCUGUCUCUUAGUAUCAAUUAUUUUCAAUGAAAGAUGUUUAAAUAAUAAAAAAUGUUAUUUAUCGCGGCA